AUAAAGGCUCUAACCAUAAUAGGACAUGGAGGCCGCCUCGCCCAGCGGGAUGCGGUGCUGAUGCACGACAGUCAUGGGUUUGUGCACGUAAAGGCGGGAAGGCGGGACGACGUCACGGCAUCCCAGCGCUGCCGUUUCUAAUAGGCUGAUAAGAGACGAAAUAAAUAAUGAAAACAAGUGCGUGCGGUUACGUGCGGUCUUCCUCGCAGUCCCUGUAAGAGACCACAUAUACGAGAAAAGGAGGAUCCGCGCUGCAAAAGCUGACUGCUGCGGCUCGCUGAGGGCUUCUGGUCUGCAGCACUGAAGUCACGACAGCAGCUGUCAGAGCUGGGUAGGUCCUGUGAGGGUUUUUAACCACCACCUGAAGCUCUUUCCUCCUUAUCAUCUCAACAUUCUGCAAAUUUGACUUCCUAGUACUCGCCAAGAAGAUUUCUGAAGAUGGAGGGCCAGGAAAAGCAGGUUACAGGUUAUCUCCUGUUUUCAUUGGGAACCGCUGUCAUUGGCUCUCUGCAGUUUGGUUACAACACAGGAGUCAUCAAUGCUCCAGAACAGAAACUACGAUCUUUCUUCAAUAAUACUUGGGUGGAGCGUUACGGCGUGUCCAUUAGCCCGGGAGUUUGUACCAUCGUGUGGAGUAUUGCUGUUGCCAUUUUCAGUGUUGGUGGCAUGGUAGGCUCCUUCAGUGUCGGUGUUAUGGCCAACCGAUUCGGCAGGCGUCGCUCAAUGUUUCUGGUAAACUCUCUAGCGGUGAUAGGCGGCCUUCUCAUGGGCUUCUCCACUAUCUGCUCCUCCUAUGAGAUGGUGAUCGCCGGUCGCCUGGUCAUUGGCUUGUUCUGUGGUCUAUUUACCGGCCUGACUCCCAUGUAUGUGGGCGAGGUGUCACCAACACCACUUCGUGGCGCUUUUGGAACUCUGCACCAGCUCGGAGUGGUGGUGGGAAUCCUGAUUGCUCAGAUCUUUGGUCUGGAUUUUCUGCUUGGCUCGGACAAGCUGUGGCCCCUGCUGUUGGCCCUUACUGUGGCCCCUGCUGUGCUGCAGUGCAUCCUGUUGCCUUUCUGUCCUGAGAGCCCACGUUUCCUGCUGAUCAACCUUAAACAAGAGGAGCAGGCACGCAAAGAACUGGUUCGUCUGCGCGGCACCGAGGAUGUGAGUAAAGACCUCCGGGAGAUGAAGGAGGAGAGUGCUAAGAUGGCAUUGGAGAAGAAGGUGACCAUCCUUGAGCUUUUCCGCUCUGCGACUUACAGACAGCCUCUCCUCAUCGCAGUCAUGCUGCAGCUCUCCCAGCAGCUGUCAGGGAUCAAUGCUGUAUUUUACUAUUCCACGGGGAUCUUUGACUCAGCCGGAGUGAAAAAGCCCAUCUAUGCCACAAUUGGAGCUGGUAUAGUUAACACCAUCUUCACAGUUGUUUCUCUCUUCUUGGUUGAAAAGGCGGGACGGAGGACUCUACACCUCCUGGGAUUGGGUGGAAUGGCAGUCAGCGCUUUGCUCAUGACCAUCUCCCUCCUGCUGAAGGACACCCCAGCUAUGAGCUACGUGGCCAUCAUGGCGGUCAUGCUCUUUGUGGCUAUGUUUGAGCUGGGACCCGGCCCAAUCCCUUGGUUUAUUGUGGCUGAGCUGUUUUCCCAGGGACCCCGCCCUGCAGCCAUGGCUGUUGCCGGCUGCUGUAAUUGGACCGCCAACUUCCUUGUUGGAAUGAGUUUCCCAAAACUAGAGGAGUUGUGUGGGCCAUGGGUCUUCCUCAUCUUCACUGCCUUCCUCCUCGCCUUUUUCAUCUUCACUUUCAUCAAAGUUCCAGAGACAAAGGGAAAGACAUUCGAUGAGAUCGCCCGCAGCUUCGGUAGCAUUCCGCCUCCCACCACCUCGUCUGCUGAUGACCCUCCUGCCACCACCAGCACCGCUGUCACACUUCCUGUCUCACCCAAAAAGGAGAAGGUCCCGCUGGUGGAGACUCCAGCAGCAGCUCCGCCUCCAGCAGGAGCACCUCCAGCAGCUGAAACCGCUCCCCUCGCAGAAAAACCCAGUGGUACAGUAGAUCCUGUAGGUCAGGUGUAGACAAAAGUUUUGAUUAUUAAGGGAGUUUAUAAAUGAAGGAAGAUUCCAAACACAAUGUAAACCAUAGAAACAAUUUCACUUCCUUUUUUUAUUCCUUGGACAUUUCUCACACUUCCUUCUUUUAAAUCCUCUCUUACUUUAACUAUAUUCAGUUGUACAUUCCUGGGAAUUUCUCUGCAGGUAUUUAGAGGGUGUGUCCGGUCAGGAUGACACACAUUUCCAGUUUAUUGAAGUGAAAGCUGAGGUCAGUAAAGCAUCCAGCUGAAAUGGUCAUCUCACCAGUUCAACGAGGCUGUGAGGAACGAUACAGAUGUUUCCGUAAAUGUGAUUUCUGAGUUCACGUCCAAGUAACGUGAGCGAGGCAAAGUGGGUAUCCAUGGUCAUCUUUUUAAUUAAUAUAUUCCUGUUUUUUAACUUCAAACAGGUGUUUGUAGUGAAAUAUAACUCACAGCCGUUGCUGUAGGUUUUAUUUUAUUUCUUUCUUUUACAUGUUGAAAUGUGUUAAGAAAUUACAGUUAUGAGAGGAUAUUUUCUAAGAUAUAUGCUCUGCUUCCAGCUAAUACAAUGCAGGGCUUUUCAACAUUGCCAAAGUACUGAAUUUAAAUGACCACCUAAUGAACACACCAAGUCCUCUUGAAGUUCAAUUCAGCUUGAAAUAAGCUGUAACCACAGAUCGUGCUAAGUUUAAUCAUGAAGGCCAGUGUUGUUUUUUAAAGCUCUGAUCCACAAAUUUGACAUUGUGUAGUUGGAAUUUAGCACCACACUUGGUGUAAUGAAUAGAUUAUUGGAUUUGUUUUGUUCUGUGUAAAUAUCGUAUACGGGUUAUGAUAUAUUGCAAGCUUGAGAAAUUACAAUCCAAAUUUCUGGACAAAAUCAUUUUGACCACAUAGUUUUAGACCUUAAAAUUGCAUUAGACUGAUAAGCAGUGUAGAUUUUUUGUGUUAAAGGAAAAAUUAUUAUAACUACCAUAGAGAUAGAUUUUUUGGUAUAAAAACAUAUAGUUUUAGAGAAUAUUCAGAAUUUUAGUGGCUUUUGGCUUUAAAGUAUGAAAAGGGUCUGAAGUGAUCUUUCAAUGCAUCUCUUAAAGUGCUGCUCCAAGAUUAAGAUUUAUUUUUCAUUCACCCUUUAUGCACUUUGUUAACCAAAAAGUAAAAAUAAAAACAACAAGCAUUAUAAUGCCACUAUCAACUAAUCUAGAAGUCACUGAGCACAGCAGCGCUUUAUGUCAGACUAACAAUGAUCUAAACUGUAUUUACAUGAGCAAUUGCAUAUAUCUAACAUAGUUGUUAGUAGAACAGAUAAGAGUUAUAUAAAAUGUGCAAUCAAUGUAGAAACUUCAGCCAUAAUGGGAAGAGGCAACUAAAGGGAGUGUGCUAAUAUUGUGCAAAUAAGGGUUAAAUGGUAUUCACGGGGAGACAUAACUGCCUUUAGUGGGGGUUUUUUUAGAUAGAAAACUAAUUUUUUGUUUUCAUAAAGGGAGAAAACACUACUCAUAAUCGGAGAAAAGCAUUUUAAGAAUCUAUGUACUGGAAUUUUAUGUGUUUUAUUGUCUUAUUCCACGAACGAAAUGUGGAAUCAGCUGUGAUGGAGGCAGGACUGAUUGGUGGGCAAAAUGUACCAACCUUUCUGUGUAUUCAUUCAUUUUUCUUUGUUUCUGAAGGUACGCAGACAAAGUGUUGGCAAACCUUUUCGUUUUUAAGCUUGACAGACUGUGGCUUUCCUCAAAGUUUGCUCUGUUGUCACACUGUGGAAACACUGAGCGAAUAUGGGGCUGCACAACCCCCAACCUCUAACUUUAGUUCCCCUUCUGGUCUUUAGUUUAGUUGUGAACCUGAAAUUUGUCUUUGGGUCAUAAUGAACAUAUUUUUGUUCCCAUGAGUAUUU